AUGUCGUACCAGUACCCUCCGCCCCUGCCUUCUUCUGACCCUGAAAUGGAAGUGUCUCAUCCUGGUUACGCGCCCGACUAUGGCGCGCCGGCCCCCGUUCCAUCACUGAUGGACCCGGGGAUCCAGGACCGGAACCUCAAGGAACGUAAAGAAUCCUUCUCACAGGCGAGUCUGAAGUUGAAACGGUCCAUGUCCACGCCUAAUGUCAGACCGCGACAGGCCAACGCUUCCGAUCCAAACCAGUCUGGCCUACCUGGCGACAAGAAGAGAAACAAGCUGGGCUACCACCGAACUUCGGUAGCUUGUGGACACUGUCGUCGACGGAAGAUCCGCUGCAUAGCAUCGCCCGCAUUUGGCGAGAGUCGGUGCAUCAAUUGCAUCAGGCUGAAGAAGGAGUGCAGCUUCUUCCCCGUGGAUCAGCCGCCGCUGCCGCAGACGACCGAUCCGCGCCAUAGAGCGCCAUCGCGGACUCCGGCUGGGUCCAAGGUCACUUCUGCGUCGUCUUCCCCUGCCAUGGUCGCUGGGCAGUCCCCUGACGUAGCACAACGCCACCACUUCCAUCCCGAUGCCGGGAGUCCCGCUUCAGGUAUGGCGCCGCCUCCUGUACAGCUAUCCGCCUUUGAAAACCUCGGUCCUGAGGCUACGAUGUACUCGGAUGUGACGGCCUCGGCUUCCCGUGUCUUUGGGUUUUCGAACCAGUCAGUAGCUUGGAUGUCUCCAGAAGUCAGUCCCAGCUCUACAACACAGCCAAACGAACACAACGAAACAUGGAAGUCUCACACUGAACAGUCUCCAACCACACCGUCCUUUUCGCCGUACACGUCCCAACCUCCUCCGUUGGCCAACUGGGGAAACCCGGACCCCAACGGGCCUGGCGAUAUGGGAUACUCGUCAUUUGCUCCGGGGAGCUCCAUGACCUACCCAAGAGGCACGCCCUUACCGCCCCAGAACCUCAUAAUGACGCAACAGAACCGGCAACUCGGGAGGAAGUCGUCGGCAAUGUCAGAGGACAUAUACCCGACGCAUAUAGCCACGCAGUUCCCGAACAUGGAACCACACAACGCUUCGCUCUCCGCAGGGGCGAUUCCGUCUUCUGGUUACAGCUCCUGGGUCCCACCACCCUUCCCAUAUGCCACACCGCACGAGGGCUACGAGGGAUGGACUUACGAGGAAAGCGAAGGACACUAG